GUCACGUCAUUCUAGGCAGUUCGAUCGGUAGCGGGAGCGGAGAGCGGACAGCAGGGAGCUCGAAGGAGGCACCAGCCCCACCGCCGGCCUGAGUUACCAUCAACACCCAGGGGGAAUAAAAGGUCACAGAACGAGCCACCGCCGGCCCGAAGUCAACACCUUUGAAAGCUAAAACCAUCCAUUAAUCACCACCAUGAGUAGCGAGGUCGAAACACAGCAGCAGCCACCGCCAGCCGCCUUGGAGAACAAGCCCGCCCAGGAACCGGUGGCCACUGUGGGAGAGAAGAAGGUCAUCGCAACCAAGGUUUUGGGGACUGUCAAAUGGUUUAAUGUGCGAAAUGGAUAUGGCUUUAUCAACAGGAAUGACACAAAAGAAGAUGUGUUUGUACAUCAGACUGCCAUCAAGAAAAACAACCCUAGAAAAUACCUUCGCAGUGUUGGAGAUGGAGAGACUGUGGAGUUCGAUGUAGUAGAAGGGGAAAAGGGUGCAGAAGCAGCUAAUGUAACUGGCCCUGGUGGUGUUCCAGUCCAAGGCAGUAAAUAUGCAGCAGACCGUAAUCAUUAUAGGCGUUAUCCACGUCGUAGAGGUCCUUCACGUAACUACCAGCAGAAUUACCCAAACAAUGAGGGUGGCGAGAAACCGGAAGAAGUUGAGAGUGCACCUGAAGGAGAAGGUCCUAAUCAGCAACGCCCAUUCCGUAGGCGGCGUUACCCACCAUACUACAUGCGAAGACCUUAUGGACGCAGACCACAGUAUUCAAAUAAUCCUGUCCCGGGUGAAGGAGUAGAGGUAGUAGAAAACCAAGGAGCAGGAGACCAAGGCAGACCAGGGCGACAAAGUAUGUACAGAGGAUUCAGACCAAGAUUCCGCAGGGGACCUCCUCGUCAGAGACAACCCAGAGAAGAUGGAAAUGAAGAAGAUAAAGAGAAUCAAGGGGAUGCUUCCCAGGGUCAGCAGCCACCUCAACGUCGGUACCGCCGCAACUUUAACUACAGACGCAGACGCCCAGAAAACCCUAAACCACAAGAUGGUAAAGAGACCAAGGCAGCCGAAACAUCAGCUGAGAACACGUCCGCUCCCGAGGCUGAGCAGGGCGGGGCUGAAUAAAUACCGGCUUACAUACUCUACCACCAUCCGGUUUUGUCAUCAGUCAAGAGUGAAAUUCCAGCAAUAAGAAAUGAACAAAGACAUUGGAACUGAAGACCUAAGUGCUUGCUUUUUGCUGUUGACCAGAUGUCAUCCUGCAUAGAAUCUUGCAGGAAUGACUUUUAUUUUUUAUCUAAAUUCUCCUUUUGGGAAUAGCAAUUUUUUAAAAGCAUAUUUUCGCAAUGUACCUUCAAAGGUUUUUAAAUUGUUUCCUAUCUGGUCAAACUAAGAUUUUUAAGAAACUCAUUUUUAAUUUGUAAUAAACGUACACCUGAUUUUUCUUUUUUCCAACGUCAACAAAAUGCAAGCAUCUAUUAAUAAAGGUCUCAAUAUAAAUAA